AUGACCCUUGUCAACACUGUGUUUGAUGGAAGAGGUUAUCCGGGAUGGAAGAGAUCCAUUCUUCUAUCCCUAUCAGCCAAGAAGAAACUUGGAUUCAUCAAUGGGGCUUGCAAGGCUCCAGAUCUGAACUCUACUGAAUAUAAGCAGUGGAGCUGUGUCAACGAUAUGGUUACAUCUUGGAUUCUAAAUGCUCUAUCAAAAGAUAUUGCUGACAGUGUCAUAUACUCAAAAACAGCUAAAGAACUCUGGGACAGCUUGGAACAAAGAUUUGGCAAAUCUAAUGGUGCCAAACUUUUCCACCUGCAAAAGGAGUUGUCAAGUUUAACAAAAGGUAACAAUAAUAUUGCUGGAUACUUCACCAAAAUUAAGAGACUGUGGGAUGAAUUAGAUGCACUAAAUGUAAUCAUAACUUGUUCAUGUGUGUGUCUGUGUGAGGGAAAGGCUAAACUGACUAAGUCUUUGGAAGAUCAAAGGUUGAUUCAAUUUUUGAUGGGAUUGAAUGAUGUAUAUGCACAAGCUAGAGGAAACAUUCUUAUGAUGAGUCCUUUACCUAGCGUGGACAUUACAUACUCACUACUUUUGCAGGAUGAGAACCAAAGGGAAAUAUAUGUAAAUGCACAUUUCAGUUCAGAUUCUACAUCUUUCAUGGUGGCUGGACAAGGGAAACAACAAAAUGCACAGAUUUUUGCUGACUUUGCAGCUUUCAUGGCAGCAAGACAAGGAAGGAAUAAUCAAAGGUUCAGAAAUCAGGCCCCUAGAGGAACAAUGACUGCUCAAAAAUUCAACAAUCCAGCUCAAAAGGUUGCAAGGCCACAACAGAAAUUCAGAGGGAAGAAGAAAUAUAAUCCUAAUCUAUCUUGUACCUAUUGUGGGAAGAUAGGACAUAAACAAGAGGACUGCUACAGACUGAUUGGGUUCCCUGAUGAUUUUGAAUUCACUAACCCAAAGACUUAUCAGAAUCAUGUCAAGGCAAAUGUGGCAACAACACAUGAGGAAGAUAAUACAACAGGGCAGAGCAAUGAGACCAACAGUAGCAGUUUUGGACAACAUUUCAGCAAGGAACAAAUUGCAGAAAUGAUGGAGAUAUACAAACAGGCAAAAUCAGCACAAACAGGAAGUUCAGGAAUCAAUGAAAAUGAUGUGGCUGAGCUUCCUAUCUAUGGUGAGAGACAAUUCAAUGUGAAGGUUAAGAUGAUAAGAUCAGAUAAUGCCUUGGAAUUGGGAAAUGGGACACAAGAAGCAGAUUUGAUUGCAUCAGAAGUGAUAACACAUCAGUUGACUUGUGUUGGUACUCCUCAACAAAAUGGAAUUGCUGAGAGGAAGCACAGACAUCUCCUAGAGGCUGCCUUCCAGAGUACUAAAUAUGAUUAUUUGAGGAAUUAUGGAUGCCUGUGCUAUGCUUCUACUUUAACACAAGGAAGAAGCAAAUUUGAUGAAAGAGCAACAACUUGUAUGUUGAUUGGAUAUCCUUUGAAUCAAAAAGGAUACAAGCUGUUAGAACUGGAAACUAAGAGGAUUUUUGUCUCCAGAGAUGUUAAAUUUUUUGAGUCACAUUUUCCUUUUGCCAAAGUUAAACCUUCCCACAAUCCAGUUUUUUCAGAUUCCUCUCUUUCUUUGGAUUCCAACUCCUCUCAACAUAUACAGCCAGAAAUAUCAUCUACACUAGAUAUGGAUCCUCACAAUACAACCUCUCCACCAUCACCUUCUUUUCAACCUAACUCUUCUGAUUCAUACAUCACACCCACUCCUCAUCAGCCUGUUUCUCCUGUACCUCACACUAGUCCUCACACAUACCCAACCAACUCUCCUGUUUCUACACCUAGACAGGAAGCUCCAUUAAGGAGGUCUGAUAGAAUCACACAACAGCCAGUGUAUCUUAAAGACUAUGUGUGUAACAGCAUCAUGUUUGCUGAUUUGGAUAGGGAAUGUUUUUCUCACCCAACCAGGCGUAGUGCCUACUCCUUUUCAUCUCUAACUAUCAAUAAUCAACAUCUCAUCCAGUCCCUAUCUACUUUAAAUGAACCUAGGAGUUAUGAACAGGCUUCUCAUCAUCCAGGCUGGAGAAAAGCCAUGGAAUCAGAAAUUCAAGCUUUGCAAGACAACCAAACUUAG